CACAAAAAAUAAUUCUUAAAAAAAAAAAGCAUCUUCUUCAUUUGGACCUUAGGCUUUCCACCAAUCCUUUUUCCAUCUCUCUCUCUCUCUCUCUCUCUCUCUAGUAUUCAAAGACAACAGACAAAAUUGCUCCCUCUCCCGACCGAUCCAAGAGGUCGAACUCCCAUGUGUUCUACCUAGUUCAUUCUGUAAAAGUUUUCCUGAGAAAAUUAAAAAUGGUUCGGGCAAUGGAAGAAGAAAAAGAGGAUUACAAGUCUAAAUUGUUUCAUUUCAAAGGGAUGUAUGAUACUAGUGCAGGGCGGCAUUCAAAGAGUACGAGUUUUGAUUCUGGUGACACAGAGGAACCUACCGAUGAUAAUAGGAUAGCAGCAAGGAGUCAUCUAUCUGGACCUAUAUAUGAUCGUCCAUUGGAGAGACAGAAAAUUGGUUCUACAUUAAAUAAAAAUGAAAAAGGUCCUAAAUUACGAUUGAACAAAGAUGAAGCUGCACCCACAGAAGCCAAAGACAAGCAACCCUCAGAUAUGGAGCUAAUGAAAGAAAGGUUUGCUAAAUUACUAUUGGGUGAAGAUAUGUCUGGUGGAGGGAAAGGUGUUUCAUCAGCCUUGGCAUUGUCAAAUGCUAUUACAAACCUUGCUGCUUCUGUUUUUGGUGAACAAUGGCGACUAGAGCCUAUGUCAGCCGAAAGAAAAGCAAGGUGGAGAAAAGAAAUCGAUUGGCUCCUAUGCGUCACUGAUUAUGUUGUUGAAUUUACUCCUUCUCAACAAAAGUCCAAAGAUGGUGCUAAUAUGGAGAUAAUGGUGACAAGGCAACGAACUGAUCUACACAUGAACAUUCCUGCUCUGCGCAAGCUUGAUGCAAUGCUUAUUGAUUGUCUGGAUAACUUCAAGGACCAAAAUGAAUUCUGUUAUGUGUCAAAAGAUGCUGAUGAAUCAGAGAAAGGGAAUACGAAGAGGAAAGAUGACAAAUGGUGGCUACCUACUCCUAAAGUUCCCCAAGAAGGUCUAUCUGAAAUGUCAAGAAAAUUUUUGCAGUAUCAAAAAGAUUGUGUGAACCAAGUGCUUAAAGCAGCCAUGGCCAUAAAUGCUCAAGUUCUAUCUGAAAUGGAGAUCCCUGAAAACUAUAUUGAAUCCCUCCCAAAGAAUGGGAGGGCAAGCCUCGGGGACUCAAUCUACAAGAGUAUUACAGUGGAAUUCUUUGAUCCUAGCCAGUUUCUAUCCACCAUGAACUUAUCAUCGGAGCACAGAAUCCUAGACCUGAAGAACAGAAUUGAGGCUUCCAUAGUGAUAUGGAAGAGGAAGAUGAACCAAAAAGAUGGAAAAUCUGCUUGGGGUUCAGCUGUGAGCUUGGAGAAAAGAGAACUCUUUGAAGAGAGAGCUGAGACCAUUUUACUCCUCCUCAAGCAGCGGUUUCCUGGGAUUCCUCAAUCUUCACUAGAUAUUAGCAAAAUCCAAUUCAACCGGGAUGUUGGGCAGGCUGUUCUGGAGAGUUAUUCAAGAAUAUUAGAAAGCUUGGCCUUCACAGUUCUGUCCCGUAUCGAGGAUGUACUCUAUGCUGAUUUUGUCACUCAAAAUCCAUCACAUGCGGCAACUCAAAGACACCCUUUAAGAGAUUAUCCACAAAAUGCAAGUCCAGAUAGUUUUCCCAGUCCUAGAGAUGAGAGCUACCCGGAGACACCUGGUUCAAUGACAUUGUCUGAUUUCAUGGGUUGGGGUAUAGAUCAAAGUGAUGCUGAGUCUAAGAAGGACUCAACAGCAAAUUCAGAUGAUGGAUCCAAAGAUGGUGAGGGGAAGCCAAAUCAUAUGCAAAAUGGUGAGGGGAAGCAAAAUCAUAUACAAAAGCUUGCCAACUUAGUGACCAACAAGAGGAUUUCCUAUCUUGACAACUUGAGUGGUUUGAGAAGUCCAACUGCACGCCAUUGACAACUAAAGGGG